AUUUUAAUCCUAAUAUCCCCUCUGAUUAUUUUCAAUCUCAACAGAUAUAAUUUCACUUUCUGUCCAAAUUUAACCUAAAUAUCCAAAUUGGGAUAGCCAAGAUUUUGAAUGAUAGAUCCUAAGUAGCCCUAAAUUGGUUAGAUCCGAUUCCGGCUUUAGAAACAGGUAAAUGGUUUAAAUGGAGCGCAUCAAUUAGGCGUGGGUCCGAAAUCGAGUUUGGACUUUUGACAGCAAUUUAUCAUUUGAGCGCGGUGCGAGGGUGUCUCAUCCGACAACGAAGCAGCUGAAGGAAGAAGAAUUGGAGCUUUCGGUUUGUUUUUUGAUGACGAUGAUGAUGAUGAUGAGGGGUUGGCGAAGCUCUUCUCUCUCUUCUUUUUCUUCUGCCUUUGAUCAUCUUCGACAAUUGGGAUCGGGUAACCCUAGAUCUGCCACUUCUCUCUUUUAUUCCCAAAUCUCUUAUUUCUCCACUACCCAUUCCAAGAAGAAACCCAAGUAUGUGUUUGAUCAAAUUGAUGGUGCCUUGAACAAGUUUGAUCAGAUGCUACAUAUGCAUCCACGUCCUUCUAUUGUGGAAUUUAAUCAAUUAUUAGGGGCCAUUGUUAGAAUGAAGUAUUAUGAAACUGCGGUUACUCUGUUGAGAAAAAUGGAAUUACUGGGAAUUUAUCCUAAUGUUUGUACUCUCAGCAUUUUGAUAAAUUCUUUUUGUCGCUUGCAUCGUGUGGAUUUUGGGUUUUCGGUCUUGGGGAAGAUGAUGAAGUUGGGCAUUGAAUCAAAUACUAUAACACUUUCCACUUUGAUCAAUGGACUUUGCAUUGGAGGUGACACUACUCGGGCUAUUCUAUUGCUAAGCACUAUGGAAGAAAUAGGUUUUGCACCUGACAUUGCAACAUACAACACUGUCAUCGACAGCCUUUGUAAGGACAAGCAUGUAACCGAGGCUUUGAAGCUUUCCUCAGAAAUGAGAGGUAAAGGCAUUCCACCUAAUGUUGUCACUUAUAAUUCCUUAAUUCAUGCUAUGUGUAAUUCAUGUCAGUGGAAGGAGGUUACAAGAUUAUUGAAUGAAAUGAUGGCGAACAACUGCAAACCUAAUGUCAUCACAUAUAGUAUUGUGGUUGAUGCCCUUUGUAAAGAGGGUAGGGUUUUAGAGGCUCAAAAUAUUUUUGAAAGAAUGACUCAACAAGGUGUUGAGCCUAAUAUAGUUACUUAUAAUUCAUUGCUUGAUGGAUAUUGUUUGCAAGGUGAAAUGGAUGCGGCUAGAAAAUUAUUCAAUUCAAUAACUAACAAGGUUUGUGUACCUAAUGAAUUUACUUACAACAUCAUUAUCAAUGGAUAUUGUAAAGCUAAAAGGAUUGAUGAGGCAAUGGAACUUUUUCAUGAAAUGACUCGAAAUGGAUUAAUCCCUGGUGUUGUUACUUACGGCACUCUUAUAGGUGGCAUGUCAAAGGUUGGGAGACUUGCAGUUGCACAAGAACUUUUCAAAGAAAUGAGUGCUUAUGGUCUAGUUCCAAACGUGAUCAUUUACUCUAUUUUGUUGGAUGGAUUAUGCAAGCGUGGUCAUAUUCAUGAGGCAUUGGGACUUUUUCGUGUAAUGCAGAAUAGUGGAUUGGAACCUAAUAUUGUCCACUAUUCUAUCUUAAUUGAUGGCUUGUGUCAAGUUGGGCAACUUAAAGUUGCAAGGAAAUUAUUUUGUGCACUCAAAGUCAAAGGGAUACACCCUAAUGGUUACACAUAUAGUAUAAUGAUCAGACGACUUUGUAAAGAAGGGCUGCAGAAUGAAGCAUACGAACUGUUUAGUAAAAUGGAAUUGGAUGGUUGCAUGCCGGAUAGUUGCUCUUAUAAUGUGAUGAUUACAGGAUUUCUUCGAAACAAUGACACAUCAAGGGGAGUACAAAUUCUUCAUGAAAUGGUUAACAAAGGAUUUUCUGCAAAUGCAUCUGUAGCAGCCAUGCUAGUGAAUCUAAUGUCUAGUGAUUCAACGGGUGAAUAUAUUCGUGCAGUAGUUCAGAAACUUUGAAGACUAUCAAAGUUCUAAUAUGGAGUGAUUUCUUCCCAGCCAAUAUUGGUGCAAUAAAUCCAAACAAGUUUUAGAAUCUGUAGGGGUUGCUAAUAAAUAUCUACGCAGUGAACUUCAUAUAGAAGGCAGCAUUUUACUCCUUGAUUAGGCAUUAGGCAGCAUGCAAGUAUCCUAUUAAAUUCAGGAAGAGGGCUGAUUUUGAAUUUUUCAGCCUGCAGGUACUCUUUUUUCUUCAGUUUUUCUCUUCUCUUUUUUUUUCCUUCUAGGGCAUCUAUAGGCAUAGCAGUGUUGGGCUCUAUUAAUGGUUUACCAUUCAUUCUAGUUUUGAUAACCUUGCAAAACAUAUAAUAUUCUCCUUUGCAGAACAAAUGUCAAUGCUCGUUCAUCUUGCUUUACGGUCAUAUUGUCUUUUCCUGGUGGUGUUUCUUUGGAACUGGAAGCAUUAGAAAGUUUUUUGUUGUAAGUUUUGUUUCAUGGAAAUGAGGUAUUUGGUUUGAAUUGAAGUGAAUGGUAUAGAAUUUAAAUAAUUCUUUUUUAUUAACAUAAAUUUCCAUUUGACAUGCAUUUCCUAUGCUCAGUUGGCGAAGUCCCCAGAGCUAUCUACUGUGGUGAUGCAGGAUUUCUGUUAAUCUUCAACUAUUUGGGGAACUGGCAUGGCUAGCUGCCUUGUCUGCUCUAACUGAGCAUCUUACAGGGAUAGGAUCACAUUGUUGAAUUUGACACCACCUUAGGUGUUUGCCACGAUGAUUAUAAUACCUUCUUUAGUGAGACUGGGUCUGGCAAGCAUGUGCCAAGAGCUAUAUUUGUUGAUCUAGAGUCCACUGUCAUUGAUGAAGUUGGAGGACGGACUUAUAGACAACUCUUUCACCCGGAGCAACUUAUUUCUGGCAAGGAAGAUGCUGCUAAUAACUUUGCUAGAGGACAUUAUACAGUUGGUUGGGCAAUUGUGGAUCUUUGCCUUGACCAAGUGAGAAAAUUGGCUGAUAACUGCGCUGGUUUCAAGGAUCUUUUGAAUUUAAUGCCGUUGGCGGUGGAACCGGUUUUGGUUUGGGUUCGUUGCUUUUGGAGUACUUGUCUGUAGAUUAUGGAAAGAAGUCAAAACUUGGCUUCUCCAUCUACCCUUCUCCUCAGGUUUCUACUGCUGUUGUGAAACCUUAUAAUAGCAUGCUCUCAACUCAUUCUCUCCUUGAACACAAUGAUGUUGCUGUGCUUCUUGACAAUGAAGCUAUAUACGAUAUCUGUAGGAGAUCCUUGGACAUUGAAAGACCAGCUUAUUGAAACUCGAACCGCUUGAUAUCCCAAAUUAUCUCUUCGUUGACCACUUCAUCGAGGUUUGAUGGUGCCAUAAACAUGGACAUCGCAGAGUUUGGACAUUGCCGAGUUUCAGACUAACCUUGUGCCGUAUCCUUGUAUCCAUCCCAUGCUCUCAUCAUAUGCCCCAGUAAUCUCAGCUACAAAGGCUUACCAUGAGCAGCUAUCAGUUCCUGAGAUUACAAGUGCUGUUUUUGAACCAUCAAGCAUGAUGGCAAAAUGUGAUCCAAGGCAUGGGAAGUACAUGGCAUGCUAUUUAAUGUACUGUCGAGAUGCUGAACCUAAGCAUGUCAAUGCUGCUGUUGCUACCAUCAAAACUAAGCGGAUUGUUCAGUUAGUAUAUUGGUGCCCUACUGGCUUCAAGUGUGGUAUCAACUAUCAGCCACCCACUGUGGUACGAGGGAGUGAUCUUGCUAAGGUACAACGUGCAGCAUGCAUGAUCAGCCACCCACUCUGCAUGAUUGGCAGAGGUUUUCUCCUGAAUUGACCACAAGUUUGAUCUCAUGUAUGCCAAGAGAGCAUUUGUUCACUGGUAUGUAGGUGAAGGAAUGGAGGAAAGUGAAUUCUCAGAAGCCCGUGAAGAUCUUGCUGCUCUCAAGAAAGACUAUGAGGAAGUUGGGGUAGAAGGUGCUGAAGACGAAGAAGAACCAGAAGAUUA